UGAAUGCUUAGCAGCAGAUUCAAAAUUCAGAAUUGUUAGAAUCAGUUGUGCCGCGUGUUUAAGAUCUUAAUUUAUAUACAAUUUGCUGUGUGCAAAUCGUUAACAAUGGAUCAGAGUUUUGAAAAUUGGGAUGUCUCAGAAGACCGAUUAGCCGGAUUCCAUCCGAGUGGUGAUUCCAUCGUAAUUUCCGACAGCGAUGAGGACGUCGUCGAGAAUUCCGUUACAGCGGCAAGUAACAGACGUGCAAUCGUCGUCGAAAGUAACGACGAGGACACCGAUUCAGGGACUUCGACACCAGAACAAGACUUCGAGAAACGUUUCAAUCGUGUAGUUCAAAGGAAGAUCAAAAUAGUAGAUUCGGGUGAAAGCGCUGAUGAUAGCCAAGAAGAAUAUCAUACCAUUUGCCAUUUGCAUAAUUCUGAUUCAGAUAAAGAAAAUUUUGCAGAUUCUAUUUCAUAUUCACCUAUUGAAAGCAAUGAUAAUAAAAAGAAAGAUAUUCACAAUAGCACUAAAGAAAAAAUAAAAGGAUUAAAACACAACUAUUCUAAUAAAUCUCUUGUUAAUAAUUCACAUAAGCAAAAUGAUGAAAUUAUUCAUGAAAUAUCAGAUUAUAAAAUAUCAGAUCAUGAAAUAUCAGACUAUAAAAUAUCAGAUUAUGAAAUAUCAGAUCACGAAGCACAGAAAAUGGAAGCGUUUCAUGAUGUAGCAACUAUUGUACAUGAUACAGAUUCCAAUUCUGAAAGAUACAGUGAAUCCGAAGUAGCAUUAUCUAUUGCGAAACAAGAAAUUGGUGUUGGAAAUAUAGAUCCAUUAGUAGCACAAAAAAGAGCAGUUCUGAUUUGCAAAUUAGAACAGCUUAAAAAUCAAUUAACUAAAACAAAAUUAUUACUUAGUCAAGGAAACAUUGAAAUAUUACCUGAUAAAGGAGAAAGACUACAUAAAAGUAUACGUGAACAAGAAACAGAAAUUGAGAAAUUGACACUCGAAUUGGAGAAAACACCUUUAAUACAAAGCUUAAAUAUCCAAGAAAAUAAAGUAUCCAAAAAAUCACAUCUGGCAAAAAAAGAAUCAUUGCCCAUUAAAGAUGAACCAGAUCACUCAGAUGAUUCAGAUCACUCUGAUUAUUCAUAUUUGGACAUUAAUAACAUACCAAUGAAACCGACCACAUCUCCCGAAUUAAGACAACUGGGCGAAAAGGCACAAGCUACAAGAGAUAGAGAGCUUGCUUUAACAGUUGAACGAUUACAAGAUUUGCAUGGAUCACUUGUCGCUCGUCCAACAGAGAACGAAAAAGCAAAGGAUCCAAGAGGAUUACAAGUACAAUUAAUGCCACACCAACAACAUGCUCUUGCAUGGCUUCUAUGGAGGGAACAACAGAGGCCGGCUGGUGGCGUUUUAGCUGAUGAUAUGGGUUUAGGUAAAACAUUGACUAUGAUAUCUUUGAUUAUGACUACUCUGAUUCAAAAAGACUCACUGGAUGAAAGUGAUGACAGUGAUGACGAUGAAUGGAACAAUGAUCACAAACAUUUAUAUCAUAAAGGUGGUACUCUAGUGGUAUGUCCUGCAUCUUUAUUAUUUCAAUGGAAUAAUGAAGUGCAAAACAGAUGCAAACGCGGUCUACUAACCGUCGAGAUAUAUCAUGGUAGCAAUCGAGAGAGUGUUCCUAAACGCUUGUCGAAAAAUGACAUAGUUAUUACGACGUACAAUAUAUUAAGUCGAGAACAUAAAACCAGAUCUACAUUAUAUAAGAUUAACUGGAAAAGAGUGAUACUUGACGAAGCUCAUGUAAUAAGGAAUCAUAAGAGUCAAGCAUCAUUAGCUGUUUGCGAACUUAAAGCAAAUAAACGAUGGGCUCUUACUGGCACACCUAUACAGAAUAAAGCAAUGGACUUGUAUUCCAUUUUAAAGUUUCUCAAAUGCUCACCAUUUGAUGAUUUACGUGUCUGGAAACGAUGGGUAGAUAACAAAAAUGCUGCGGGCAAUCAAAGAUUGGCGACAGUUAUGAAGUCUUUGAUGCUGAGAAGGACUAAACAAGAAUUAAUAGAAAAAGGCGAUUUGGAAAGUUUACCCGAUAAAUUGAUCGAAGAGGUGAUAGUAAAACUCGAUCCACAGGAACAACUUGUAUACGAAAAAGUUUUAAUUUAUUCCCGUACUCUAUUUGCACAGUUCUUAGUUCAAAAAGCAGAGAAAGAACAUAUGUCUAAUUUGUAUAGUGGAAAUGAUGGACUUGCCUAUCUUUCAAAUCCAAAUAUACCAUUUUCAAAAGCUCAAAAUAAGUUAAUGGCGAUGCAUGCCGAUGUAAAAACGCAUCAGAUUUUGGUGCUUUUAUUACGAUUGCGUCAGUUAUGUUGUCAUCCACCAUUGAUCCAUGCAAUGUUGGAUCAGGAUGAUAUAAGACAUAAUGAGAUAACGGAUACAGAAAAUGUGGAUCCUGACUUAUUAUCACACAUGAGCAAUAUGUCGCUUAAUGAAAUCGAUAAGGAAGGAAAAAAGGAAGUUGAUAUUGAUAGCAGAAUAAUUGAGAAUUUACUUACUGCCGAAAAUCCGAUAUUUCGUGAUGAUCGUAUUAGUUCUAAAAUGAGGACUUUGCUUAAUAUGGUUAAAGAAAUUUUACAAAAGAGUGAGGAUAAACUUAUUAUCGUUUCUCAAUGGACUGCUCUGCUAAACGUUAUAGCAUCACACCUGUCUUCAAUAAAAGGUGCUACAUUUAGUAAAUUUACCGGAAAUGUCGCCAUUAAAGAUCGCCAAAGUAUAAUAGAUUCUUUUAAUAGCCGAAAUUCCGACCCGAGAAUCUUGUUGCUCUCACUUACAGCUGGUGGAGUAGGAUUAAAUUUAGUUGGUGCUAAUCAUUUAUUGUUAUUUGACAUUCAUUGGAAUCCACAGUUGGAGACACAAGCACAAGACAGGAUUUAUCGCUUUGGUCAGAAAAAAAAUGUCCAUGUUUAUAAAUUCAUUUGCCUUAAUACAAUAGAAGAACGCAUAAAGGGUUUGCAAGAUCGAAAACUUGAGAUAGCAAGCAAUGUGCUAAGUGGUGACAAAAAUAAUAGUGCUACAAAACUCACUCUAAAUGAUCUUAAGUCAUUGUUUGGUUUUUAAUUUAUUUUAUUUUAUGAUACAUGUAGAGUAAAUAUAAUACGUUGGUACAUAUUUAUAUAUUUUAUCGGAGAAGCGCUGAGCUAUAGUAUGAUUUUUUAUGCUUUCACUUUAUUGUAUUUAUUUGUAUCAGAAAAGGCUUAUCAACUCUUCUGAAAAAUGUAUGGAGUGAAGGAUUUAAUUCUAAGAUCUGUCAACUAUAAAUCUACUAUUUUUAUACAAAAUUACAUAUCACUCCAAUGGACUUGGGCCAAUUGCAUUCAAUAUUUUACUAUUUAUUAAUCUAUAAAUUGAAAAGAGAAUCGUAAUUUAACAUAUACAAAGAUGGCAACAAAAUCAUGCUCAUAUACACUCCUGUCUACUUUCUUGCAGACAAAUUGUGUCACUGUUAAAUCCUGCAAAAAAAAAUAUAAAUUUUUA